AUGGCUUGUCGCAACAUCACCAAAAUUCCCAAGCACUGCCUUGUUUAUUUUAGUAUCGACCAAACCACCAGUAUUGUUGAAACAAAACGGCUGAGUAGAAAAGAAAAUGGAGAGCCUUUUGUGGAAGUUGGCCCUCAAGGCAGAUCUUUGGUGACUAUUAAGUACAGUGGCAAAACACUAGAUGCAUUAGUCAUUGCUUCGCAUGGUAAGUGAGUCUGAUGUUGCUUUAUGUGGUUCAUCAUUGGGUGCGCUUGUACAUUUGAAAAAAGUCAUAAAUUAUUUGCCGGAAAACAUUGAGUUAGUUUUCGUUUCUCUAGAAACGGUUUCAGUGGUUUAAGUCUCGACUAGCUUUCCUUCGACCUCUAAGGAUUCAUCAGCGAAAAGAAUACACUCCUCAUUUGCCUGAUUAAAAACAUUACAUAAAAUGUACCGCUUCUCCCCGAAGCAAAAAACCUACCCACGUCAAUUCUAAAUUUUGGAGAAAGGAAAGACCAGCAGGAUUUGAAUUUUUUUCUUUUAAUUUUCAGACAACAAACAGAUCCUUAAGCAUGAAGAAACAUCCUUCAUCGAAGACCCAGCAAAUGCUCACCUUUUUUACGACGAAAUUCGUCCUGAAAAGAGACCGAAUGAAGAGCCCCAUUCGCGACAGAAUGCAAAAAGAAGCAAGCAAGACAAUGUAGACGAGGUACGUUUCGAUUCCGUAUUCAAAGCUACGGCUGUAAAAAUUAAAUCUGACGGAUGCUUCUGUAACGUAAGUGGAAUUAUUUGAGACCACGUAAUCCACCUCGUCCGAACUCAAAACCAUUAAUUUAAAGUUUUCUUUUAGUGCAUCAUAGACGUGGUAAUGAGCGCGUGCAUUUGUCUUGUGUAGAAUUUGACGGUGAAACUAGUUUAGUUAUUUACUAUUACACUGCAAUGUCUGCGUGGGAAGUGGCAGUAAAGGAUCCUUGCUUUGUAUUCAAUACUUUUAGCGCUAUUCGUCUUAAGUCAUGCUUAACGGGCUUCGUUUGAUUAACUUUCCGCUCAAGGCUUUGAAACGAAAACUGUUUGAAAUCGGAGUGUACGCGUAAAAAAGGCAAAUUAAUACUGACGCAAGAAAAGUUAUUGAAGCAUGCUCAGAAGCGAGAGCAUCGAAGGAAAAGACAGGGGCUCACCAACAACUGUAUGUUUCGAAAUACGUUAGUGUCUCAGAUGGUUUUCUCUAUACUUCAGAAGCAUCAGGAGCACCUAUCGACCCAAUGUUUCCAAAUACACCAGAAGUGUUUCCAGUGGUUUUCUCUGUGUUCUGUGCUGUGCGGAAGUUAUUAUGGCUGUUGUUUAACGAUGCAUAUUUCUUUUAGCCUUUGUCGUGCUUUUAAAUAGAAGGACAAUAUUUUAAUUUCAGUAUAUAUACUGUAAUACAGAGUUUUGGAGUUUGUCCUCAGAUGAUUAAACUGUCUGGCUAUACAUAAAGGCCCAAGCAUUUUAAAUUUCGGACUAACUGGUUCUGGACUGGGACUCAUGAUUUUGCACUGAGAUGAGUCCCAGGAAUCACCAUAACCAUUUGUAACCAAAUCACUGUAUUUGAACAAUAUACAAUUUAAUCUCCCGAACAAAGUGAGAAGUUAUUUCAAACAUUACGGCUCUUCUUGAUAUAGCAGGUUGAGAGGCUUAAUCAGUUCCUGGCAGAACAGCAGAAAAGAGAGGCACAGCGAAGGCAGCGACAAGCCACUGGAAGACGGGAGAUUGGCAUUCAAUGCGACAAAGGAAAUCCCGCUGUUAAGACGGCCGAUGCAACGGUACAGACCGAUUUUGAGGACGUAACGGACGAGCUAAGAAAACAAGUUCAGGAUCUAAAGCAAGUAGUGGCAGAGUUAACGGCCUUAAAGAAUCAACUCCGAGUAUCUGGACAGACAAGUGACCCGCUGUUGACUGAGUUGUUGUCUGACAAUCUUGACGAUUUGACUGAAAUCUACCCGGAUAGCCCUACAGACAUCCAGCUAUCAGUCGCCGCUGCGAAUUCCAAUCUGGCCCUCUCCCAAGCAUCUGCGGCUAACAGCAGUUCUUCGAUUACUUCAGUACCUCCUCCAGCAGCAGCAUCAAUAAUUACCAGAACCAGCUCUUUUUCCAGACCGCCUCCUUCAAUCUCAAGGGUCCCGCUAGCAAGUAUACCUCAAAACCAGCAGCUGCAGAAUCCGCAACCUGGCCCCACAGAAGAGCAACAGAAAAAGGUAGAGGCCAUAGUUGCAUUAGGCUCCCAAAUGUCGACCACUGCCAUGGCUUGCGUGGACGUAUUAUUUUCAGAGAGAGAAUUGGCCAACGGCAACACGGCAGGAAAUUUUGGCUUCGAAAAGCUUAAUGAAGAAAAGAUGCGAUUUCUGUCAUCAAUCUUGCGCCAUAAGUUUGAUUCGCCCUCAUUUAUGGAACAAUGGGAUAAUGUUCGUACAAAAAUAAACACUAAGUGUAGAGGAAAAAGAAGAACACUCGUAAAAAGGCUUCAAAGGCAAAUUUGA